UCCAACCAACUCCAACUCCAAAUAUUUGUCUGGAAUAAAUUAUCGAUUAUAAAAUUACCGGUAUCGAUUAUUGGAACCCAAAGAAUUGGUUUGGAUAAUUUUCUGGCAAGUUAAUAAAUUUUAAAACAUAUUAGAGGUAUGAGGGAGGUCCUACCAGUCUUAAUUUUUACUCGUAUUCAAACAACCAUGGAGACAUAGAGAAGAAAGAACAUUAAAUAUUAAUAUAUUCAUAAAUUUCUUUUUGUGAAUAAUAAACUAAAAAGGCACAGAAAUAGGAAAAUGAGUGGAGUAUGCGGUUCUAAGAAAUAUAAUCAUCUAUAUUUGAUACCUGACAAUAACCUGCCAAUUAUGGCAGAGUUUAUAGAGAAACAACUGAAUGAUGAACAAUUAAUGCGGAGCAUACCGGAAGACGAUAAGUGUAUAAUAAGAACGUGGUAUGAUCAGUUGAUGUUUGAGGCACACAAGAGAAAAUUUUCAAAAUGUUUAGAAGAAUUACUCACUAUGGUUCGAUUUAAAUAUAUGAAAAAAGAGUUGGUUCACAGCUGGAUACGAAAUAUCGACAUGAACAACCUCGAGCAGCUAGACCUGGACAAAAUUAUGGAAUCUUGUGACAGAUGUCCUAUAUUCGACAUAAAACCAGAAUAAAGUACCUAUUAGGUAUUAAAGAAUGUAUGUAUGUCAGAUUUUUAAUUAAAAUUUUCUUUGAA